UAUUAACGUGCGGGAGUUGCGUGGAUGGUUCGGUAGCAACUUGGCGAUGUUUUCUCGCGGUGUUCUUUUGGCUGUGCUGUGUAUGGUGGUGACCACCAGCAUAUGGAAGGUGUCAGCCGCAAACCCUGUGGACAAGUGCAAGUCCUGCACGAAGGGCGUGGAGGGGUUGACCAAGGGCAUGCGGUUGACCGCUGAUAAGGGAUGGACGGGCGGUGACACGUCGUGGCACGAGGAGCGUGGACUACUCUACAGCACUAGCGAGACUCGCUUCAUCGAAGUCAUGGAGCACGCGUGUGAAAAGAAGGAUCACAACUGCCACAGGUUCAUGUCAGACCAUGAAGAGACUGUGGAGCAAUGGUUUAAUGCGGGUGGAGAAGGCGAUCUCUUCUCUCUGCUGUGUAUAGCUGACGCCAAGGUUUGCUGCCCCAAGAAUACCUUUGGGGCGCAGUGUCAAAAGUGUUUGACGAGCGAAACCAAUGAGGGGGCCGUAUGUAGUGGAAAUGGCAGCUGCGAAGGAGGAGGCAGACGCGAUGGUUCAGGUGUUUGCAUCUGCACCAAAGGAUACAAAGGAAAAUACUGCGCCAAGUGUGCUAAGGGAUUCUUUCGACAGAACGACAAGUGCAUUGACUUUGAUGAGUGCAAGCAUAGUCAAUCACUGUGCACAGCAGACGAAGUGUGUCACAACACCGCCGGAGCAUUCGAAUGCAAAUGCAAGCCACAAUACACAAGGCAAGAUGGGGUUUGUACGGCCGAAACUCCUGCACCCACAGCCACAGCCACCUCAUCACCCGAGUCUAAGGAGAACGAUCUGCCAGACGCGGAAAUAGAUACAGCAGCAGCCGAAACAGGCGGACAGAUACAGAAGUUGACUUCAAUGCUCACUGGAUGGUUUGAUAACUCGGAUAAUACAAAGGGCAGUCCGAACGACGAAAAUAAGGACACCCCUGCGGAAGGAAAGAAGGAGCUACAUACGGAACUGAUGGAUGAUCCCUCUGUGGAUGAAAAGAAGGCGAGAUCCGCCGAUGAGUUAUAGACAACCACAAAUGCAGAUGUAUACAUCACGAACCACACGCGUCACACUCACACACAAUCUAAUUCGUUAACACUCGCGAGUUACUGUCGGUGUACUCGUCGCAGUUGCCAUCGACACUUCACCACAACAGUAUUUCGGACAGCCACCAUACACUACGCAUGCAUUAUCGUCGCCAAAAUCAAUUAAUCGGUAUAAGCUGUCGCACGUGGGCGUAUACGAGACAGCUUAUACCUUGUGCCUUGAUUUUGCGCGCACAGCACUUUGUGUAUCAUACGGAGUACCACCUGUACGUAUACGACAUCUCAAUUCUGCCCAUACACAGCGCGUGGGUAUAGUCUAUGCGCACUAUGCUGCUGCCAUUAAUGUGUAGAUCUUAAAUAGCCGAAAGACCGCGACAUGCCGCGCAGUCUGGUAUGCACACAAAGAUCACUCACCUCCACCUGCCUUCCCACAUAAAUGAAUCACCCGUAGUUGAGAUAGACCAACUAAUUAAAUAAAUUCAUUGCUAAUAGGCAUGAACUGCA